AUGACAGUUCAGUUACAAAGUGAAAGUACAGUUAGAACUGUUUUAGUUACAGGUGGUGCAGGUUAUAUUGGUUCUCACACUGUGGUGGAGCUAGUUGAGAACGGAUAUGAGUGUGUUGUCGUCGAUAACUUGUCGAAUUCAUCUUACGACUCAAUUGCUAGGUUAGAGAUUUUAACCAAGCAUCACAUUCCAUUCUAUGAGAUUGAUCUGCGUGACCGAGAAUGUUUAAGAAAGGUUUUUGAAGAGCACAAAAUUGAUUCCGUUAUCCACUUCGCUGGUUUGAAGGCUGUAGGUGAAUCUACGCAGAUUCCACUAAGAUAUUAUCACAAUAACAUCUUGGGUACUUUGGUUUUAUUAGAGUUAAUGCAGCAAUACAAGGUCUCUAAUUUUGUCUUUUCAUCUUCUGCCACUGUCUAUGGUGAUGCUACUAGAUUUCCGAAUAUGAUUCCUAUUCCGGAAGAAUGUCCAUUGGGACCUACUAACCCUUACGGUCAUACCAAAUAUGCUAUUGAGAAUAUUUUGAAUGAUCUUUACAAUAGCGACAAAAAAAACUGGAAGUUUGCCAUUUUGCGUUACUUCAAUCCAAUUGGUGCACAUCCUUCUGGACUAAUUGGAGAAGAUCCGCUCGGUAUACCAAACAAUUUGUUACCAUAUAUGGCGCAAGUGUCUGUCGGUAGACGUGAAAAGCUCUACAUAUUUGGUAACGAUUACGAUUCUAGGGAUGGUACUCCAAUUAGAGAUUAUAUUCAUGUUGUUGAUUUAGCCAAAGGUCACAUCGCAGCUUUGAAAUAUCUAGAAGUCUAUAAUGAAAAUGAAGGUUUGUGCCGCGAAUGGAACUUGGGUUCUGGUAAAGGUUCUACAGUUUUUGAAGUGUAUCGUGCAUUCUGUAAGGCAUCUGGUGUUGCUCUUCCAUACGAAGUUACGGCUAGAAGGGCAGGUGAUGUGUUGAAUUUAACAGCUAAACCAGAUAGGGCAAAACGCGAACUAAAAUGGCAAACCAAGUUGCAGGUGGAGGAUUCCUGCAAAGAUUUAUGGAAAUGGACCACUGAAAAUCCUUUUGGUUACCAGUUAAGGGGUGUCGAGGCUAGAUUCUCCACUGAAGAUAUGCAUUAUGACGCAAGAUUUGUAACCAUUGGUGCCGGCACUAGAUUUCAAGCCACAUUUGCUAAUUUGGGCGCCACCAUUGUCGAUCUGAAAGUGGACGGGCAAUCUGUCGUUCUUGGUUACGAAAAUGAAAAAGGAUAUCUUAACUCUGAUAGUGCUUACGUUGGUGCCACUAUUGGCAGGUACGCAAAUCGCAUUGCGAAGGGUAAGUUUAGUUUGGGCAAUAAUAUCUAUCAGUUAACUAUUAACAAUGGUACCAAUGCCAAUCAUGGUAGUAUCGGUUCUUUUCACAUGAAAAGAUUUUUAGGACCUGUAGUCCAGAAUCCUUCUAAGGAUGUCUUUAUCGCUGAAUACAUGUUAGUAGAUAAAGGGGAGGACACAGAAUUUCCUGGUGACCUACUGGUAACCGUACAGUAUACUUUGAACGUCACCGAAAAAAGUUUGGAAGUUAAAUAUCAAGGUAAGCUGACAGCUGGUGAAGCUACCCCAAUCAACUUAACAAAUCAUAGUUACUUUAAUUUGAACAAGCCUCGUGAAGACACCAUUGAAGGUACGGUUAUUAGGGUGUGUUCAAAAAAAUCCGUUGACGUCGAUAAAAACAUGAUUCCUACGGGUAAUAUUGUUGAUAGGGACAUUGCUACCUUUGACUCUACAAAGCCAACGGUGUUAGGUCCCAUAGAGCCCCAAUUCGAUUGUUGUUUUGUGGUGGAUGAGGAUGUCAAGCCUAGGCAAGUCAACACUUUGAACAAUGAAUUGACACUUAUUUUUAAGGCAUUUCAUCCUGACUCAAACAUCACAUUAGAAGUUUUGAGCACGGAACCAACUUUUCAAUUGUAUACCGGUGAUUUCUUAUCUGCCGGCUAUACAGCAAGACAAGGUUUUGCCAUUGAACCUGGUAGAUACAUUGAUGCUAUCAAUCAAGAAGAUUGGAAAGACUGUGUUACUUUGAAGGACGGUGAAACUUACGGUUCUAAAAUUGUUUACAGAUUUUCUUGA